AUGUUCGCCGCGUUCCGCAACAUCGCCGCCCGCUCGGCCCGCCGCGCCUACUCGACCGCCGCCCCGGCUGGCGCCAGCGCCAACGAGUUCGAGGCCGGCCGCCAGGCCAUCGCCGACCACGCCAAGCACUCGGCAGAGCUCUGGCGCAAGAUCACCUACUACGUCGCCUUCCCGUCGAUCAUCAUCGGCCUCCUCAACGCCAAGGCCCUCGCCGACGAGCACGAGAAGCACCUCGAGCACAUCAAGGAGGACAACGGCGGCGAGCUCCCCGAGCGCAUCGUCUACCCCUGUGCGUCACGACUCUUUACCUCUUUGCGGCACUUCAACAAGCGCGAGAAGGACUUCCCGUGGGGCCCGAACACGCCCUUCUUCAACCCGCACGUCAACAUCGCCGUCGAGUAA